GGUGUACUUUAUACCUUCACAUUAGGGAAUAAUGAUUUCAUAUAUUGAACCCUGAGUUCAAGUUCACUCUUACACAAAGAAUACCUAAUAUUGCGUAACUGUAAGACAUAGUGUAAGCACUGACUCCUGUCCAGAAGUAGUGGUGCUGGUACUGGUGAGGCACGAAGGAGUCAGGGGGCUUUUCUGCGGUGGUGAUGGAGGUGAGGGGGUAUGAAAGAUAGGGCCAAAGACCUUAAAUUUGAUCCUUUCCAAUGGUAGUGGUGGUGGGGACAUGAAACAGAGAGACAAUGACCUUACAAUUAACCCUGCCCAGCGGUCUUAGGGGGAGAGCACAGGGGGUGAGGGAGGUACUAAGUGAAGUGUCAGCGACCUUAUAAUUGAUCCUGUUCCAUGGUGAUGGUGUUGAUGACAUCAGUGACUUAAUUCUUGCCCAAAGUUGUUGGCCCAGGCGGGAGGGUAGGAUGAGACGGUUGGUGGGAACCAGGGACGGGGAGCCACGAAACAAAGUCAGUGACCUAACAAUCCUGGGCAAAGUGUUCCAAAGAGUGGAGGCGAGGGGAGGUGGGGCGGCAUGGGUAGAAGCAUGAAACACGACGUUAUAAUGAAUCCCAUUCAAUGGUGAGGAGCGGACAGGAAUCCGAAUCAGUUAGUUUAUUUCUGCCCAACGAUGGUGGUAGUGGCAGAGGGCAUGAAACAGCCACUAUAGCUAAGUGGCAAACAGAAGAUGAAAAUCAAAGUGUCAAGAUGCAACGAAUACCCUGAAGUGCAAGUCAGCCCACCCAAGGAAGGUCUCCCGGAAGAGGUGCCUUCGGUAUAGAGGGCCUUGAGUGGUGCAUCGUAUCGGAUUCUGGGCGAAGACUCUGGGCCUCCUCCCAGUCCCCUAGCGCCUCCGCCACGUUUCGGCCGCGCAGGACCCAGCAGGGUAUACAGCCCAGGGUAGCGGCACUUGCCAGGCGGGUCUGGGUCGCAGAAGUCAAGGAGGGAGGCGCCUACACCCGGCGGCACUUCGGCAAAAGAAAGCGAGUGCGGCAGCGGCCAAUCAGCAGCCAGCGCGUGCGGCCACGCGCCCCUUGCGCCCCCCGCGUCCCUCGCGCGCCGCGUACGUGCUGCGGCCCCGCUCCGCCCCCGUGGGCGGAGCCUGCGGAAGCCGCGGGCGGCCGGCUACGGCCGGGUAACUGCUGCUGCUGCUGCUGCUUCUCUGCUGCUGCUCCUGCUGCUCCUGCUGCUGCUUCUGCUGCGGCGGCUGCCCCCGUGGCGCCGAGGCCGAGACUGAGGCCGGGGCGCGCGUUUGGCUAACGUGCCCAACCCGCGCGGCUUGGCUGCACCGGUCCUUGCGGCCGCCUGGGUGUCUCGGCUGGUCUCUGCGUUGCGCCGGUGAGGAUGCGGCUGUUCCGGUGGCUGCUGAAGCAGCCGGUGCCCAAGCAGAUCGAGCGCUACUCUCGCUUCUCGCCGUCACCGCUGUCCAUCAAGCAGUUCCUGGACUUCGAGUGGUGCCGUUUCAACCGCGGAGGGAACACUCGCAGUUGCUGAAUGCGAGGGAGCUGGUUGAGAAACACCCGAAAGUAAAACAAAAGUGCGCACCCAGGUGAGCUCCCAGAUGAGCCUUCCCACCUGUGUCCUGUGAGAAUUCCUGACCCACAGCAUCUGUGAGCAUAAUAAAUAGACAGUGGGCCGAAAGAAGUAGUGUAACAGCUGGAUAUUGUUGGGGUGUUGCGUUUGAUGGGGAAUGAGGGAGAGAUAAUGCGUGUGAGAAAACUUCAUAUAUGUUCCUGCGAAAGGAGCUUCCUGUGCGACUGGCUAACACAAUGAGAGAAGUUAAUCUUCUGCCAGAUAAUUUGCUUAACCGCCCUUCGGUGGGAUUGGUUCAGAGUUGGUAUAUGCAGAGUUUUCUUGAACUUCUAGAAUAUGAAAACAAGAGCCCUGAAGAUCCACAGGUCUUAGAUAACUUCCUACAAGUUCUGAUUAAAGUCAGAAAUAGACACAAUGACGUGGUUCCUACAAUGGCACAAGGAGUGAUCGAAUACAAGGAGAAGUUUGGGUUUGAUCCAUUCAUUAGCAGUAACAUCCAGUAUUUUCUGGAUCGGUUUUAUACCAACCGCAUCUCUUUCCGCAUGCUUAUUAACCAGCACACACUUCUCUUUGGCGGUGACACCAAUCCUGCGCAUCCUAAACACAUAGGAAGUAUUGAUCCCACCUGCAACGUGGCCGAUGUCGUGAAAGAUGCAUAUGAAACCGCCAAGAUGCUUUGUGAACAGUAUUAUCUGGUAGCUCCAGAGCUGGAAGUUGAAGAAUUCAAUGCCAAAGCUCCAAACAAACCUAUUCAAGUAGUUUAUGUGCCCUCACAUCUGUUUCACAUGCUAUUUGAGUUGUUCAAGAACUCAAUGAGAGCAACAGUCGAACUAUAUGAAGAUAGAAAAGAGGGCUACCCAGCGGUUAAAACCCUUGUUACUCUGGGUAAAGAAGACUUAUCCAUUAAGAUAAGUGACUUAGGUGGUGGGGUCCCACUACGAAAAAUAGAUCGUCUUUUUAACUACAUGUAUUCAACUGCUCCGAGACCUAGCCUGGAGCCUACAAGAGCUGCCCCUCUGGCUGGAUUUGGUUAUGGCUUGCCAAUUUCUCGUCUGUAUGCUAGAUAUUUUCAAGGAGAUCUAAAACUUUAUUCCAUGGAAGGUGUGGGUACUGAUGCUGUCAUUUAUUUGAAGGCCCUUUCAAGUGAAUCAUUUGAGAGACUUCCAGUUUUUAAUAAGUCCGCGUGGCGCCAUUACAAGACCACACCUGAGGCUGACGACUGGAGCAACCCCAGCAGUGAACCCAGAGACGCUUCCAAAUACAAGGCGAAACAGGACAAGAUCAAGACUAACAGAACUUUGUAAAGAACUGAAUGCUUCGAUCCUCUCUGUGAAGCCAAGAAUGUCUUCUGCCCAUCAUCCAGAAGGCGCUCCUUUCCUCCACCAACUCUGAGUGUGGCACUCUAGCUAAUCCAGUGCUUGAAUGUGUAUUCUCUCCAUACGAGCUGGACCUUUUCCACAGAAGUUUCCUGUAACUACUCCAGAUCUCCGCUAAAGUAGUAACUCGAGUCAAUUUUUGUAGUACCUUGCCCUGGUUUGGGUGGCGCCUGUCAUAAGAGGAGGCGGAGCCUCGUACGCGCUUGCGCCCUCAUACCUCUCUCUUCUUACCGCGUCUACCAUCUCCCCCGAUGUCUUCCCUCCGCAUUCCACAUACAGCAGGUCUCUGCUUUUGCUCUUGGUGACCAAAUACCAUGUUUGCCCCUGACAACUUAGGCCUGAGGAGUCUGGAAGUUGAAGACAUGAGCUGAGCAUGUCUUGACAAUUCAGUCCCAGUGCCCCUCCUGUCUCUUAUGCAGCCCCCCCUCACUCUCUGAUUCAGAAUUUGGCCUUCUUCCAUCUGACCAUAUUCUCAUUUCGAGGUGUGGGCAUUUUUGUGUUAGGUCUUCCUCUUGAGCGCAUUGAUUUUAUUCUGAAAUUCAGUUGUAUGCUUCCAUUCUGUCGAUUAAAGCGUUCCAAAAGUUGUCUUUGAGUUUUUCGCUUAUCUGCUUGGUUGCAAAGAUCUUAAGUGAAAAACUACCUUCUGGUCAUCGUCAAGUCUGCAGAGAAUGGGAAGUGGAGUUGUUACACUUAUGUAAAAAUUUUACUGUCAGAUACAGUCCUUUUGUCAUAUUAUAUCCCUUUGCAGUUUUCUAAGUCCUUCUGUGAUGCACUUUACUAGUUGUAAAAUAGACUGGGAAAAGUUCUUUCUAGUUCAUUUUGAAAAAUGCCCUAGGUCUGCAUAAAAAUACAUUUUCAGGAAUUCGGGCCAGUUUUAGAAUUGUCGAUGUGAUUUUCACCAUCCUUUACUCUUUGCUGAGAGGUUUAAUUGUCAGAGGACUUGGGGUGAGGCAGGUGGAGCUGUGUUAUACUUAUCCUUAGAAGCGGACACUAUCUGAGAGUCCAGAUUAAAAUCCAUGACUUACACAGCUCCACAGGAUGUGUUUCUCUUUGGUAUACUUUCUCGUAUAGACCAUCUACUUUGACUUCUGCCCUCUUUUAACGUCCGUAUGUUUCCAUCCACUGUUUAUGUAUUGAAUCCACUGAUUUAAAAGCUGUAACUUGUGAUGUAUUCCUCCUCCUUUAGUCAUACCACAGUACCAACACACUUGUCCCCACUGCCAUCACGUGGGGAUCAUCCCCUGGGUGGUUGGAGGGCCAUUCUGACCGGCUGCACUUGCGUUGAUGGCAGCUCUGUUUCUCUUAGCUCCACUGAAUCUGAUAUGCUUUCAUUUUGUUACAUUCCCUGAGCUCAUGGUAGUUCCUUCAUCUUUAGAAAGAGCUUGUCUCUUCCACCCUUAGAAGGCUCUCAUCGGGGAACUGACACGGAAAAAGACCGACCUCCUUCCAAGGUCGGGAUGAGGAGAUGGUCCGUAUGGAGGCCUGGUUUUUGAGGCCUGAGUCAGUGUCUUGGGAAUGGGGCUGUUCCCUAUGAUGAUUUCCUUGUGGUAUAAAGAUGUAAAAAAUAACAGCCCUUUAUGUUUAAAGACCCCGGCUUAUAAACAUCAGAUAGCCUGUCAGCAUCUUGCUUGGCCUCCAUUUCCAACCACCGCCUCUUACACAUUCAAGUCUGGUACACUGUAGGGGAAGGAGGCAGCAGGUUCAGCGGUGUCGCCUCCUGCCUUGUUCUGGCAGUGCCUUACUGUGUGCUUGAGGAAUGCCCGUGGAUCAUUAGGCCCUCACAACAAGCUGUGUGGAAAGGUUGGAGCUGGAAAAGCUGAUGCGGGAAAAAAAAAAAGCAUAUAGCUUGCCUCCAUUUAUCAGUCUUUUUCUAAAGUAAAGAUUUCUCUCAGUGUUGUAAUCACUUAAGAGGUAGUUCUUUAUAGACAGACUUUAGGGCUUACUCCUGUCCAUCUGCCCCCAGGACAAUCUUGCCUCUCCUGUCUUUUGUUUUCUGCAUUAAGCAUUUAACUUUGGAAGUUCCUCUGUAGCGCAGAGGGUUAAGGAUCGGUAUUGUCACUCCUGCAGCUCAGGUCGCUCCUUUGGUGCAGGUUUGAUCCCUGACUCAGGAACUUCCAUAUGCGCUAGGCGUGUCCAAAAAAGAAAAAAAAUUUAACUUUGCUUCCAAAGCAACCAUAAGAAAAGUAUCAGGAACAGCUUGCAUUUGCACAAUAGCUGCCCCAAGAAUUCAUUUAUCCUUUUUGUUGGCUGUACGUGAUUCUCUGAACUUGGGUGCAUCCCCCUGGCUGUUAGCUGGGUUUUGUCUCUAAGCAUAUGGUCACAUUUCUACAUAUAAGUUGUAAUAUAAAUAGACAUGAACCGAUUUUCAGCUUAAUUUGUUAGGUUCUCCCAAUUCUUCUGCCUUUCUCAUUUCCGUGAUCUUAUUUUAAGUAUUGGGGGACAGUAUCUCCUAUUUGAAGUUGUAGCUGACACACAGUAGGUGCUUAAUAAAUACUGGUUGUAUCAAUGAAUGGAAAUGGGCAUACAUUUACCUUGGAUGGUGAGUAGCAUCUUUCUGAGUUCUUAAAUUCUCUUUGUUUCCAAAUUAAAAAUCAUUCAGGUCAGGAGCUAUGGAAGGACUGAAUUUCCUUUUUAUAGUGCCAAGAGGUGGCUUGAAAAAUGGAGAGAAAUGAAAAGAAGGAAGUAGGGUUGGGUCCACAGGAGCCAUCCGAUCCUUUCCUUGUCUCCGAAUGUCUGAUUUGGCUCCUUCAUGCUUCUUUCCAUCCAAUCAGGUGACAUGGUUUUAUACCGUUGCUUAUAGAUUCCAAAGAACUUGCACAUACGGCAUCCUACCAGAUUCGUACGAUGCUGUAAGGUGGACCAUGUGGGAAUUAUCUCUUGUUUUUCAUGUGCGUUCCAAAGCAGUUCGGUGGUUUGCCACGGCGGCGUGGAAGAACCACAGUGAGCGCUUGCGUCUUUUUGUUCCCAGGCCCGGCUCUCAGCUGUGCACUAGCUAAUUAGCAUUAUCUCUUUGGAGGAAUUUCUUGGAUAUUAACCCUCAAGGGUGGAAGAUGUAAAUCAAAAUUUCUCUGUAACGUCAGAGAAUUCCAUUCAAGAGAGGUUUUCUUUUGCAUUUUCAUUUUGGCAAAGUUAGUUCGAGGCGGUUAGCGAGUGAGUUCAGCAGCUUUUGCCUAGAAAGGCAGGUGACUCUAGAGUGUGUCACCAUAGGUAAUUGCUGGACUUCUCUAGACUUAAUUCUAUGUUUGAAUGAACUCAGUGCUCACGGCUAGCUCUCUCAUACAGAGCUUCCACGUUGGCGAGUCAGAGCUUUUAUCUUUUGGUAGACAGGCUAUAGCUUCAGCUGGACUUUUCUCCUGUGGUUACAAAUGCCUUUCUGUGGCCAUUCCUUAUGAACAGGAGCUCGGCUGGCGGUCAGAUUCUCGGAUCACGUCUUUUUUCUCUCAUUUCUUUGGAGCCAUCCCUCUCUGGUCUUCAGGUGUCUGGUGCCACUGAGAGGGCUGAGUCCAGACACAGUUUUUCUUUCCCUUUUGUGGGUGAUCUGCUGGUUUCCCCCCGUGUACUUGUGAUUUCUUGUUGAUCCUGGAAGUGCAGGAACUUCAUUCAUGUGUAUCUCAAGAGCUGGCUUGAUCUGGUACCCAGUGAGCAUCAGACAUCGACAUUCAGGCCUUCCUGUGUUUCUCUUCAGUUUAUGGGGUGUCCCCAUGUUGGCUCUCUGUUCUCUGUCCUGCACUCUUAGCUUUCCUUUGAGAGCCUUGGUCUCCUUGUGUUUCUUCCCGUGGUGUGAUUUUUUUUCCUCAGGUCUUAUCCUCCCAUUGCACUGACUCCCUUUUCCGUGUGGCCUUCCCUUCUGCUACAGUGUUUUUCCCCCCUCUGUGUCUUUCCUUAGCUCUGAUGGCUUUUUUUUUCUCAUCCUGUUGUCCCAUUUGACUCCCUAUUUCAUUUCUUGGAAGGCUGAACUGUGUUGUCUACAGUUUUUGUGGUUUCUGCAGUCGUUGUGUUUCCAGAGUGUGUUUGUCUUUUGCUGCUUUCAUUCCUUUUCUUCUGUGUUGUUUUACCCCUUUAUUGUUACACAAGUGUCAUCAUGGCAUUUUCUGCCUAUUUUUUGGUCUUUGCAUGGGACCCGUUCUAGCUGCCAAGAAGAGUGUGUUUAAAUCCUCCUCGACGCCCCCUUUUUCAAGUGAGAAGCAUUCAUCACCUGAACCCUUGAACUCAAGGCUUGCUAUCUGGACACGGGGCGGGGGUGGGGGGCGAGGAAGGAGCGAGGUAAAGCCUCCUCGCAGUGCCUUCCACACUGUCGACCCCUCUGCCCUGGGGUGGCUGUAUCCCGGUCAGGAGAGAGCUUUCCCUCGAGUUUCCCCAUUUCCACUCCAAGCUGACUUAGAGGGCUACAGCAGGUUCGGCCUGCAUUGCUGGAUCAGACACAGCCAGUGUUGGCGUGUUUGGCUCCCGAGUUCCUGUUUGUCUCCUCUGCACACAAGUGGAGCAGCUGAGACGUCAGCCUCCCCUCCUAGGUUUUGCUUCUGGAAACGUGACCACGCAGUGUGCCCUCAGCUUGUCCUACCUCCCGUCCGUCUUUGUUUCUCCCAGUUCAGACAUGAUUGGCACCCUGUCAGCAACUGUGGCCUCCUUGACAAAUGCGCGAAUCUUCUUCGAUGAGUCCUCAACUUGGUUGUCAGACACUCCCCUGGAGUCCUCAGUGUAGGGUGGUGGCUUUUAUUAGUUUCACCGUGGACAGCGUCUCCAUCAGCCUCUGGAUGUGUGUGUGUGUGUUGCAGGGCAGGAACACUUAUAUAAACAUGAGCCCGUUCUGCCAUCUUCCCAACUGUCCAGGUGCUUAAACAUUGACUUUGAAGAUAAUGUCCAUAUCAUUAGCGGGGGAAAAAAAACAUUAAUAACUUAAUCAACACAGGAUUUUUGUUUAUUGUUCUUUGUGGAAAGACAACUUUUAACUCGGGUUCCUGUUCCAUUGAUUAGAGAUCAGUACCUUUUGGUUUGAAGACUGGGGCCAUGUGACAUUUUAAUGAACUCAAGAAUUUACCAGCCAUUGGCAGUGAUUGAUUGGUUCGUUACGGAAUAUUUCAAACUAGCACAUAAUCAGAGCUAUCAAGAGUGGUGUAAACUAUUUUUUACUGAUAGGUUGCUAGUCAAGCUGCCCCACUGAGGGUGGUGACCCUGUGAGAGCUCUACUGUGACUCAGGUUCGCUUACCUGUCUUUUUAAUCACCCCGUUUUAAAAUUUGGUUCAUGAAGAAAUAGAAAGGAGCGAAUUCCUCAUCAGGCUGAUUGCUGAUAUUCAGGAAUGUACAUUGUGAUGGUUUGUAGGUCUAAGACCCGGUGCCACACCAAUCGAUGUUUCGAAAGUGCGUUUACAGGGGGAUCACAGGUUGGGGGUUUUAGUUGGCCUCUUUGUAGGAUUGAAGCCUCCUUUGCUCACUGGCCAGCAUAUUCCCCCAGGCACACUUUUCUCAGCCUCAGAGCCGAGCAUACCGAUCAAGGAGCAGGAAUGACAGCCCUGCUCUGUGCAUCCAAAUCCAGCCUUCGCAGUGCCUUCUGCUUCGUUCAGAGUCUUUGCCCUGGUUCUGUCCUGGGGUGAAAUGCAGAGCGGAGUACCGCCCACGUGUAAGGGACGAGAGACGAAAAGGCGGUAGAGGAGCCGUGGAAAGGAAAGCCAUGUUCAUGCCUCCCUUUUAAAUAAUAGCGAGCGUCUCCAGUGCACCAGAAAGGCCCAGGGCUGGGCACAUGGCCAUGAUGACAGCAGCUGCAAGUGCCAGUCUCACGGAGCUCGCGUUCUGGUGGGGGAGUCAGAUGAGACCCUCAUCAGGGACGGUUUCUAGCACAGUUGGGAGACAAGGCAGGAAGGGGAGUGCAAGGGUUGAGUGGUAGGAGGUGGGCACCAAACCCCGUAAUUGUUGUUGUCAUCAUGGACGGGUGGGUUCCUUAGACGAGGGCGCCCCCCUGAGUCCCGAGUUCUCUUCUUCUUUGCGUCUGUUCACCUGCAUCUGGAGAGUCUGCCUCGGACUCUGUGCGUUUCCUUGUCUCGCUGACCGCUGACUGGUGAGGACCCGGGUCCGGUGAGAGGAGAUGGCUUUGCGGGUCUCGUUGUGCUGUGUGGCGUGGGCUGCUCUUUUCUCCUACCAAAGAUGCAGUCCCAGCAGGUCCCAGCUGUGUCUUUGUAGAACUUCAGAGAUGAUUGUUUCAACCACAUCUUCCCACGUCCAGCUUCUGGAUGGUGAUGCUGGAGUGAAAAGAGCUGCUUGUAAGGGGAGAGACCCUCUUUACCACUUGCUUGUGCACUGGCUUUAGGGCCGGAGGAAAGGGUUAUCCGAGGAGGCGUCCGUCUUAAGUCUGCUUUCUAGCCUUAGCUGUGUUCACCCUCAAAAUGAAGACAAUAAAAUGACAGCAAUAUCGUGGUCACAGAAUCCUUAAGAAACCCGUUGAUGCCUUUCCAUCUGUCUCUGAAACCUGGACUUGAAUUGCCCAGGAUCCCAGUAACGGGGUCGGUGGAGCCAGGAGACGGGCAGCUUCUUGUGUUGUGACGUGGGUGGCCCUCAGUGGUGGUCCGGGUCCCGCUCCCUCGGAGGGAGCAGCAGAGCCGGCGAGGACACUCUCUGUUCUCAGGGAAGGUGGAUCUGAGUGCGGAGCAGAAGAUGCCGUGCAGUUGAGUUAUUCCCAGAGGUAGAGCCUGUCACCCUUUAGGUUGGUUUAUUCGCAUAUAAAUGGAAGCACCUUGGGGCCUCACUACUGAAAGCCUCCCAACAAAUGUCUGUUACAGUUAAGUGCCUGCAUUAAAAGAAAGCCCACCCCUUAUAUCCCACUCAUCUCCUUGCAGUGUUUAAUAAAUUCAUAAUAGUAUUUGACUUCCCGUCUCUGUAUCUUUUUCCCUCCAGCACUGCAGGAGCGGCUCACUUCUCCAUUUGACGUGAUGGCUUCAGCCUUUGAUGGCGUCUGCAUAGCUCUUGGAAAGGAUAAGCAGUAGAGCUUGAUGCCUGGAGUCCCAUGGUCCAGUGUGGACUACUGGGAAUAUUUUUGGUGGGAUUAUUUUUUAAAUGUUAGGGAACUGAGUGGUAGAUUUGUGGUAAUAAUGGAUCCAGGGAGCUUGCAGUGGAAAGAGUAUGAACUUCACCUGAAAAAUAUUUCUCUGUUCUAUAAAUCUCUCAGUGACAUUUGGAUUAAUCAAGCAUAAUUAAAUGUAGUUAGAUUUUUGUCAGAUUGUAGUUCAAAAUAAUAUUCAUCUAUGAAGAGGGUAAUAUAUUCUGUAGAAAUUUUAUUAAGCACUUUAGCUAAGCAAACACUAAGGAGAACAAAAUCAACCUCAGGAAGGUUAAUUACUAAAAAACCCCACAAAGUAUAGUAGAUUAUGUAAAUCAUUUUAAUUUUGAAUACCAUGGCUUGAGCUUUAAUUUACAUCGAGAGAUAUUUUGGAUUUGUUUUUCACAUCAAAUCUUCCAAAAGUACAAAAUUGCACUUGCAUUCUUUAAAAUUUUUCAUCAUUUUAGCAGUCCGUUAAGUUUGCUUAACUUCAUGUUAUACUUUCCAAAAGAAUUACAGUUGAAUUCUUUAAAAUGCAACCAUUUUGGAAUUCCACUGUUUGCUACAAUUGUGAGAACCAUGUUUUUAUUUCUGUACCUUUAAAAAAUUGAUCUUUUAAGAGAAGUAUUGGGAGAGAGAAUGUAUAUGAAAACUUCUCACCCGUGCCUGGCCUCUCCCUAAAAAAAAAAAAAAAAAAAAAAAGAAUUUUUAAAAAGUCAAACAGAAGAGUUUAGACUAUACUGAUAAAUCUUUUUAUUUUAGUAAUUUCCUUGAAGGGAGAAGUAAAGAGAUCAAAUUGAUUUUCUAACUUAUAUUUUUUGUACUCAGAGAAUUACAUUUUCAUUACCCUUGCAUGUCUCAGGGAAUAGCCUUUGAUAAGAAUCCCCAUGGAAAUCUCUCCCGAUGUACUCAGCUUUGAGAGUUCUUGUCUAAAUUUCUAGAGCUAGAGUUUCAAAAGUAUUGUCUUCUCAGGAACACAGCAUUACCCAAGAAACUUGAACUUCACCCUUAUCAACACGCAGAUUCUAUGUGCUUUAGGCUUUUUCAUGUGUAAGUGGCGCCUAAAAGUCCUUUGAUUAGGAGGUAUACAGGGGUCUCUUUAUCAUACUUAUCUGAGAUUUUCAUAGAAAAACCCUGCAGUUUGAUUUUGCUUGAUAAUUUUACUUCUUGGCUUUUCAGCAAAAAUUCUCUUUUCCAUUGGAAUUGAAUCUUUUGGGGAUAAUAAAAUCUCACUUAAAAGAACAUCCUAUAAAUAAUUCUAACUUUUGCCAACCUCAGAGUGGCCUAAUUUUGCAAAUGGGCCAAAACAGCACAAAUGUCAAAGAUCGUAUAUACUGUAAGCAGUAUGUUUGCUCUGCAGUUAGCAAAGUGAAGAAACGCCUAAUCCUGGCAAUCAGGACGGCUUAAUGGCUCUUCAGUUCAUCUUUGCCUUCCAAAUUGGAUGAAAAUGGCACAUUUAGAGUGGAAUGCUUAUUAAUGACAGAACUGCUUAAUGUUUUAAAAUAUUCCUACCUUGAGAUUCUUUUCGAGAGAAAAUAAAAAGAAUCUCAACCUUCAGUUCUAUUUUGGCUCUUCGUAUCUGCUCAGCAUUGAAAAGGCAAUGAUAAAAUUGAAAUCUGCUUGGAAGUCACAGGCAUCUGCCAGUGAUCCCCGCUUGAUGUACAAGAGGAGUGAUGAGGAGUUGGCGAAAACAGGCAGGAUGAGUAUAAAAUGUUACAUUGCCGUUUAUAAUAUAUCAUGGUAGUCUUUUCUCAUUUCACCUUGUCUAUCCAUGGGAAAUCUCAAUCAGUAUUUUCAAGAGCACUCUCUUGACACUAAGAACUGGCCUGUGCCUUGAUCGAAAACACUGCUGAGGUUACUGUCCCCCGUCUUGAAUUAGAACAAAUAUUUUCGAAUCAUCACAGCCACAGCCUGUAACCGUAGGGAUCUGGAAACACUGGAAACUGCCUGCCGUCCGAGAGGGCACAGGCUGGAUGGGAGGCUUCGCAGCCUGGCUUGCUGAGCGCCGUCCGGAGGCAAGGUUUGCCUGGCUGUCAUAACCAGCAUAAAACCUAAAAUAGAACGGGCUUGCCAGCAUCCUGUAUCUGCUCCCUUUUUCUCUAGCUGCCUUUAUCACUCUUCCUGGGGAAGCAUCACAGAAAGUCCUUUGGUAUCUUGCUUUUUACUUUUAAAAUUCCUGUUAGAGCUGGCUAGUAAACUUGACCAAUAAAUCGUGCAUGUACUUAAACUUCUUUUUUUUAGUCCAGACCAAACUAAAUGUAUCUUGGCUCUGUGGAAAUAGCCAAAGUGAGGUUUACCUAGAAAUUAGAAAGUAUUAUGUGUUUUAAAAAUGUAAGUUGGCUAUAUUCAGGGUUGAAGGAAUUGAGCUCCGUUGCCUCUUCCUUUGUUUCUUUUAUGUCCAUUGUUAUUCUCUCUUCUCACUGUGACGCUCUAGACCCAAAGGCUUCCACUCCGAUUAAGAACCCGGGCUUUGCUCGAGUCCAUCCUGGACGACAUGACACACGUUUUAGGAGAGUGGAAGCUCCCACUUCAGCAUGCUGGCUAACCCCGCUCUGUGCAGAGUUCCUUGGUAUCAAAGUCAUCUGAGGUCGCCGUGGCUGCUUCAGGUUUAUCUAUGCGUCACGCCAUCUGUUGCUGCAAGUUCACAUCCUCGCCAAAGUACACAAGUGCUUGCAACUUCAAUAUUUCCCAGAUUUAGAACGCGAGUUGUGAAUACUUAAGAAAUGCUGGAACCACAUAAGAAAAGUCAACGCGGAGUAAAAUACACCCUUGCAAACAUAUUUAAUGCUGCAUUUAAAUAUAAAGCCACUGGCCUGAUGUUUCAUCAUGACUCCUUAACCUCUGAGGGCAGUGUCUAAACUGGGAGUGGUAGCUGAUUUAACAAGAGAAGAAGAGCAACGUGUAGAUGAAGUGCAAGUUCAUCACAGUGACUGUACCCCUAAGUCCAAAUCUGGCCUGAUUUACUUUGAGCAACGAUCAGUUUAGAUAACAGUGAAAUGUACAUGUGUGUCCAGUGUUCACCUUUUGCCUUGUGGUUUGUAGAGAGAAGGCUGGUCCCUCAUAUUCUCUGCUGUUCUGUGGCCUGGCUGCUACACGCUUGUCACAAGUCAAGAAUGACUUUGGUCUGAGGUAAUGUGUCAUUCUGUAGAGAAAAGUGUUUCGUUUUUGCGAUUGUUGGAGAAACACAAGCGAGGAAGCAUGUGGCUCAGAUAAUGGUCCCCAGCAGUCAUGCAGUCAUCUGUGGUGUUUGUCAUGGCCAAACUAGUCCCAGAGCACGAGGACAGUUUGGCACCACAGUCAUCGAACAAUAAAGCGGUAGUCGUGGCU